GAAGAUGGAGGAGAACACAGUGAGAGACGCCGAUCCUGGCAGUGAAACUGGAGGAGAGGAUGCUUUGGUUGGGAAUGUGAAUAAACUGAUGGUGACUCCACCAGGCUACUCAGGCUCACCACGAAAAGGACAUCUGGUGUUCGAUGCUUGCUUUGAGAGUGGGAAUCUGGGCCGCGUCGACUACAUCAGUGAGUUUGAGUUUGACCUCUUCAUUCGGCCUGACACCUGCAACCCUCGCUUCAGAGUUUGGUUCAACUUUACAGUGGAGAACGUCCGGGAGACACAGAGAGUCAUUUUCAACAUUGUCAACUUUUCCAAGACGAAGAGUCUGUACAGAGAUGGCAUGUCACCAGUGGUCAAGUCUACCAGCAGGCCAAAAUGGCAGAGGCUUCCACCCAAAAAUGUGUACUACUACCGCUGCCCAGACCAUCGACGCAACUACGUCAUGUCUUUUGCCUUCUGCUUUGACCGAGAGGAUGACACAUACCAAUUUGCCUAUUGCUACCCAUACACCUACUCCCGACUGCAGCAUUAUCUGGCCAGCUUGGAUCGCAGGAACCUGCCCUACCUGCAGAGGGAGCAACUGGGAUUGAGCGUGGUGAGUUUAGAUUCAUUAAAGAAUAAUGUGUGUAUGAAUGCACAUGUACACCAAAACCUGUCAAAAUGGGAGUAG